GUCCUCUCGUUUGGACUCGACAUGCUUUGAUGCAACGUUUUUAAGUGUAUGAAUAACGCACGCCGAUAAUCUACUUUUAUUCUGUAUACCUCUGUUUUGAGCUUACAGCCACGUCUUCGUCCUCACCGAACAAUACUACACUAGCAUACCCUUCACCACGCCUAUCGGAAACCAACCUUGAAAUUUUACCUUUGACGAUUAAGUCGUCCUCACGUACCAUACAGAAUGUCUCCUGGAGGGAGUCAGCCCUCGACGCUCCAAGAGGGAAAUGAGAGUUUGUUAAUGUCCGACUUCAAUAGCCCAGUUGCCGACACCAACAAAGGCGAUGGAAAUGUCCUUCCCACGCACCGUGAUGAAAAGGAGCCACACCCACGUCGGAACUUCUUUCGUGUCCAAACUGCUGGGCAGAGUGGACGGAGCGGAAUACACCCCCUUUUAUUCCUACAGGUCUGCUUCAGGAGCACUUGCACCCUCUCGAUGAUAGUCAAUAUCCUGUGGCCUUUUGUCCCCGCUGCGAUUGUUAUGCACUUCGCUCGACCGGACCUUCACGUUUGGGUUUUUGCCCUAAACUAUGUUGCAAUGGUGCCAUCUGCAAACCUGCUUGGCUUUGGUGGCGGCGAGCUUGCCAAAAAGCUACCCAAGGUUCUUGGUGUGCUUCUGGAAACUACACUCAGCUCGGUCGUGGAGAUUGUCCUCUUCAUGGUGUUGAUCCACAACGACCAAAACGGCAACCUGAUACCCGUUAUCCAAGCUGCUAUCCUAGGGUCAAUCUUGGCAAAUCUGCUUCUUUGUUUAGGCCUAUGCUUUUUCUUCGGAGGUCUUGGACGUGAGGAGCAGGCGUUCCAUGAGGCAGUCAGUGAGGUUGGUUCCGGGUUGUUGCUGGUUGCGGGCUUUGGUCUGUUGAUUCCCAGCGCCUUCUAUGCGACUCUGAGCAGCGGCGGCACGAGUACCAACGCCACGCCGGAAGAGAUAACUCGCUCUACUUUAAAAAUCAGUCGAGCCACCGCCGUCAUUCUUUUGGCUGCCUUUUCUAUGUAUCUAUUCUACAACCUCCACAGCCAUCACUCUAUAUUCGACGAAGUUCUCGAGAUUGAUGAGAACCGCGACGAGGAUCGUGAGAAGGAGAAGAAGCGUGCCAAGCUCACGCUUACAGAGUGCCUAAUAGCAAUCGCCAUAGCCCUGGCCUGUGUUUGCAUGUCGGCUGUAUUCCUGGUCCAAGAGAUUGAACAUAUCGUCGUGGAGCAAGGCGUGCCGGAUAACUUCAUGGGUCUAAUUCUCGUUCCUGUCGUUGAAAAGGCCGCAGAGCACCUCACCGCCAUUGACGAAGCUUGGGACAACCAAAUCAACUUCGCCCUCUUCCACUGCCUCGGGCCCUCAAUUCAGACCGCUCUCCUAAACGCGCCCCUCGCCGUCAUCGUCGGCUGGGGCUUAUCCAAGGAUGUCAGUCUGAAUUUCGAGAUCUUUAUGAUUGUUCUCGUUGUUCUGGCAAUCCUGGUGGUAGGAAAUUUUCUACGCGACGGUAAAUCAAAUUACCUCGAGGGGGGUCUUUGCGUUCUGAUCUAUCUCAUCAUUGCUGUUACCACUUGGUACUACCCGCAGGUUGAAGCAGCAGGUGAAGCCGGUCAUGGUGCAGAAGGGAUAGCAGAAAUGGCUGCUCAUCGGUUCUAAUCCGGAUCGUUUUCAUUCUAUUUAUUUACUUCCGGCCUUUACGCGGCUGUUUGUUUUGUUGAUAUAGACCUUUACAUUAGAUGCAUCGCCUGAACAAUUAGCCGGCAUUCUUUCCGACUUAAGAUAACUACAAAACACGCCACUUAAGGAAUAGUUUGAAAUAUUGUAAGAGACAUUGCGUG